AUGCCCACAUGGACGCCUAACGCACAGGCGUUGGAUCAGAUUGUGUUGAUUCUUGCAGGGACUUUAUCUUCUGACACCAACGUGCGAUUGCAAGCUACGAAUGCUCUAGAAAAAGCAAGACAGGAAACAGAUUUUGACAACUACCUUUUGCAUAUUUUGAUCAAUGGACAAUCCCUCGAGUCCCAAGUUAGGGCAUCUGCGGGGCUCAUGCUGAAAAAUGACCUCAUCAAGAACCUCCAGUCAAAAUCAGAGGAUUUAAAAUCACAUAUAUUACAAGAGAUCCCUAAAGGGCUGUUGGACUCGCAGAACCUGGUGAGAAACAUUACAGGGAAUGUCAUUACAACACUUUUUUCGAUAUUCGGUGUCCGUCAGUGGCCCAACAUCUUGCCCAACCUCAUGGAGCUCGCCUCUGGUGCUGCAGGUACUGCAGAGUCGCAGGAGGGAGCUAUGAGUGCUUUGUUGAAGAUCUGUGAAGAUUCUGCUCGUCUCUUGGACCGCGAAUAUAAUGGGGAGCGGCCUGUAAAUUUUAUGGUGCCGCAGUUUAUUGAACUUACUGGUUCCCCAAAUCCGAAAGUGAAAGCGAGCGCAAUUGGGUGUAUCAACCAGAUUCUGACUAUAAAAUCACAAAGUAUGUUCAUCCAUCUGGAUGACUUCAUGGCGCGUUUAUUUGGUCUUGCAACGGAUGAAGACUCUAACGUAAGAACCAAAGUUUGUACUGCAUUUGCCAGUAUCCUCGAAGAGCGUCCGGACAAGCUUAUGCCUCAUUUGGACGGCGUCAUCAACUACUGUAUUCAUUCGAUGGGAGACUCGAACGAGGAAGUGGCUCUGGAAGCAUGUGAGUUCUUGCUGAAUUUGGCAACAUCGGACAUGCCUGAGACGAUAGUCAAAUCCAAGAUUCCAAUUUUAAUCCCAGUGCUUUUGGAGAAGAUGGUGUACUCUGAGAUGAAUGUGUUUUUAAUUGAAAACUCCGAUGAGCAAGAGAAUGAGAAUGUCGAGGACAAAGACGACGACAUCAAGCCUCAGAUGGCUAAAGGAAAAGAAGCUCACAAGCUUGCUAGCAAAAACACCACCAACAAUGAACAAGAAGAAGACUCGGACGAUUCUGACGACGAGGACGACAUCGAUGGGUCCAUGGAGUGGAAUUUGAGAAAAUGUUCAGCUGCCACCAUGGAUAUUUUAGCUACCAACUACCCCUAUGAGGUGUUGGAGGUUUCUCUUCCAAUUAUCAGGGAGAGAAUAGUUUCUCCACAGUGGCCGAUAAGAGAAGCCUCGAUUCUCGCUUUGGGAGCAAUUGCCGAGGGCUGUUUGGACCAAGCUUCUGCAGAGCUGCCAUCUUUGAUUCCAUUUUUGGUGGAAAGACUGAAAGAUUCUGAGACCCGGGUCCGUCAAAUCACGUGCUGGACGCUGGGCCGCUACUCUUCGUGGGUGUGUUCUGAAGCAUUGAGCGGAGGCUCCUGUGCUAACUACUUUGCUCCAACGUUCCAGUCGAUUAUGGAAUGCGCCUUGGACACAAAGAAGGUUGUUCAGGAGAGCGCCUGUUCCUCGCUGGCCGACUUCAUCGACUCAGCUCAGCCCGAGUUGCUUACUGAGUUUGUCGAGCCAUUGCUGCGCCAUUUCCAGGCUUAUUUCAAGAAAUACCAACGGAAAAACCUCAUCAUUCUUUACGACACCGUGCAAACGUUCGCCGAGAAGGUUGGCGACCAACUGUGCUACAAGCCAGACUAUAUCGAAAUUCUGCUGCCGCCACUCAUAGAGAAAUGGCAGCAGCUGACCGAUAACGACAAGGAUUUGUGGCCGCUGUUGGAGUGUAUGUCGUCCGUUGCAGCUGCUUUGGGCGAGUCGUUUGCUCCGUACGCGGUACCUGUUUACGAGCGUGCAUUCCGUAUUUUGGCGAUGAGCAUUGAGCAGGCAAGAUUGUCGAAUGACAAUCCAGGCUUCGAGGCCCCUGAGAAGGAUUUCAUCGUCACUUCCCUAGACCUGAUCGAUGGCCUGGUCCAAGGCCUUAAACAACACAGCGCUCAGCUUAUUCAGCAAUUUGACACCAAUGAGGUGUCGCUGAUGAAGCUCGUGAUAUACUGCUUCGACGACCCUACAGACGACGUUCGUCAGAGUGCAUAUGCUCUUCUCGGAGAUUUUGCUAUCUUUCUAAUGGAACCUCUUGUGGUUCCGCAUUUACACCAGGUGAUGGUCUGUAUCGGGAACGAGGUGACGAAUAGGACCUUCCGCUCUAGCGCAGCCUGCAACAACGCGGUGUGGGCGCUGGGUGAAAUGUGUCUACGUCUUUCCGCAGACAUCUUCAAGCAGUACAUUGCAAACUUCAUGAAUGUGCUGAUUCCUCUUCUUCUGAGCACUGACGUGGAACAAACGAUUCUUGAUAACACCUCCAUCACCAUUGGACGCAUGGGGGUCCACAACGCUGCAGAUAUGGGACCGUAUGUUCCUCAGGUGCUUGUCACUUGGUGCUCGUUCAUGAAAUACCUGGAAGAAAACGACGAAAAAGAAACAUCUUUCGAAGGAAUGUGUAACAUCAUCACAACCAACCCAACUUCCUUGAACCCACACGAUGUUUCCGGGCGCAUGGCUAUCAAGCACUUCAUCGAUUGCAUCGCAUAUUACGAGGCUCCAUCCAAUAGACUGGGAAGCAAGCUACAUCUCCUUCUUAGCGGCUUCAAGAGCGGAUUAGGGGACGCGGAGUGGAACGCGCUGUUGUCCGAGCUAGAUCCCUUUGUUGGCGAGAUCCUUAAGAUGAAGUACGGGGUGUAG